AUGAACUGUUUUGUGACGGGAAACAGAGAGUUGUUGCAAGACAUAACAGAGUUCGAUGCGAUAGUGUUUCAUGCUCCAGAAUUCGUACAGAAGGGAGUGAGAGAGUUGCCACAGCGACGUAAGUCACACCAGAAAUAUAUCUUCACUAGUAUAGAGUCCCCAGCAUAUUAUCCGAUCUGUAAUGAGAAAUUCCUGAACUUUUUCAAUUGGACAUGGACUUACAAAUUGAACUCUGAUCUAAAUUAUGCUUACAUGUCUGUGUGGGAUAAGAAUGGUAAUGUGAUUGGACCUAAAGACGAAAUGCAUUGGAUGAAGGUGGAGGACAUGUUGCCAAUAAAUGACACUUUGAAACAAAUACUGAAUGGAAAGACGACGGCAGCUGCGUGGUUCGUAUCCAACUGCAGAGCACGAAGUAGACGAGACUCGAUUGCCAAAAAGCUACAAAUUGAACUGCAGACUUAUGGUAUGCGAUUGGACAUAUAUGGUUCUUGUGGAACCAUGAAGUGUUCAAGGUCGAGUAUGAAUAAGUGCUUGAGCAAAUUGCGAAAUGAUUACUAUUUUUAUUUGUCUUUUGAGAAUUCGUUCUCAGAAGACUACGUGACGGAGAAAUUGUUGCAUGCACUUGAGAACUACGCUGUACCAGUGGUGUAUGGAGGCGCUAAUUACACGAGAUUCAUGCCCGAUGGAAUAUACUUGUCUGCAAACACGUUGACAAUAAAGGAACUAGCCAAGAAAAUGGUGGAUAUUAUACAGAACAAGGAGUUAUAUUAUGAGUACUUCAAAUGGCAUAAUCAUUACAGUUACCGGGAUAUAGGGGCUUCCGUAACUACUGAUCCUUAUUGCAAAUUGUGCGAGGCAAUCAAUAAUGAAGAAGAAAUGUCAAAAAGAACUAUCUAUAAAGAUAUUGGAGGGUGGUGGAGCCCCAAGGAAUGCCAGGUUAAGACUAAUCUAACUCCUUUAAACGAGCAAUCUUUGUAUAUAUUUAUCAACGAUCUCGGAAACGGCUCCAACGAAAAUCUUGUAAUUUAG